UGGGGUUUUGGAGGGAUAUAAGGACUUGCUUGGCGCCAACAUUUUCUGUUUCUCACUUCAUAGCUCUAUACUGAGAGAACUUCACCUAAUCUGUGCACUUAUCGUUAUCUUAUCAGACACAUUCCAGUCAUGUCCAUAGUACAGCCCAUUAUCCGAGACCAACUCGUCAUCGCCGACGAUGACGACUGGGACUCAGUAUACCACGUCGAAUGGGAACCCGACGCCAACUUCUUCACUGGCUCUGAACUUCGAUCCAGAACACCACUAAAUAAAGCUGCAGCCGAUCACCAAAUCACAUUAGCCCGCGCCGCAGCACUGAUAAUUCGCGCAUCUCUGAACAAUAUCCCUCUGGAUAUCCCGGACUUUGAUCCCUCCAAACUUGCCGGCUUCCGAAAACAACUGCAUCAAUGGAUGCAGGCGUAUAACUCGUCUCAGGCGAGUAAGCUUGUGUUGGGCGAUGUGACGAUGACUGUUAUGAUUGAGAUCUUAUCGUCGCUUAUGCGUAUGGGCGUUGAGGGAGAGAUUUUAGCCAAGAUUGGACCGAAUUUGGGAGCUAUCUUACAGGGAACUAUGGAUCCGAUGCCGCUACUUUUGGAAGGCAAUAGGUUCAAUCGGAUGCAAGACGGUAUGGAACUGAUGCAAAAGAUGAGAACGCAUCUCAGACAAUAUCUCUCAACGUAUGCCACAAAGAAGCCAGUCAUGAACGUCCUCGAAGUUGGCGCCAGUACGAGCAACAACUCCCAAACGAUCUUUGACGCGUUGCGAGAACAAAAGACUGUCUCGUAUACUCUUACCGACUCGUCGCUCUCAGUGCUGGAAGAAACAAAGGCGGGCAUUACUAAAGACUUCCUCAAGCUCAAGAGCCUCAACAUCAACCGCGAUCCUAUUGAACAAGGCUUCAGUCCCGAUACCUACGACAUCAUUCUCGUCAACAAUAUUCUUCAUACCGUGAACUCUCUUUCAGAAACACUAGCCAACUUGCGAAAACUCCUUGUUCCUGGUGGUGUCCUGGCCAUGGUCGGACUCUCAGACAUUUCACCCGCGUACAGCCUCAUCUUGGGUAUGAAUGAGAAUGUGUGGUCAGAUGAACGUUGUGAACAAUUGCCAUGUCCUUCGAACGAUGACUGGAACAAGCUGCUGCAGGGUAAUCAGUUCAGUGGUCUUGAGCCAGCGACAAAGACAUUUGAUUACGUCGGUCAAUCAUGCUACUGUGUUAUCUCUACGGCGGUCGCUUCCACUCAGCGCUUAAUGGUUAACAUUCUACCGGGCUCUCAGAGUAGCUUGUUCAGUUUUGCGGAGCAAUUGGCUUCCGCACUGGCAGAAAACAGUACAGCUUCCACCAUCACGCCAACAAAACUGCAAGAUAUCUCGUCACGAUUCGUUUACGUCGUUCUCGACGAUGGAUCCACCUCUUUGAGCGAAUACGAAAGCCUCCAUAAAGCGAACAACGUUCUUUGGAUCAAGAUGGGCGCUGGAUUCUCGACACAACGCGACAUGAACAUCAUCAGUCGUUUCGCUCGUGACGCUCAGAAGGAUAACGAAACUCUCAAGCUCGUGAAACUUGACGUCAAACAGGAGUACCCAGAGUAUGGAGACCUUCUCAAGGUUAUCAUGCGGAUCAUUCAAGUGUCUUUCCAGGAGGAUCGUGGUUCGAGGACAGAGUUGGAGUAUGAGUAUCGCAAUGGGAAAGUUCUUGUGCUGAGGGUGAAGGGAUCUGGUAUGACACAGAAGGUUGCUUGAAGGGAUUUAGCCAGACAGAGGGAUGGAGCUUAGUGAUUUGGAGUUAACUUUGUCUCAUUUGGCGCAGCGUUUGGCGUACAUGUUCGGUAGUUCAUUGGAGUUUGAGAUAUCACUUACAUAGGACAUUUGCGGCAAGUGUUCCGUCGUUCGCUAGAUAUACUACUCCAGUGCAUCAAGUUGACUUCCAAUUUCCUGUGUACAAUAAAUCCGAACCUUUAUGAAUCCCAUGAUCGAUAGAGUAGGAUACUUGGGGGGGAAUACGGAGAACCUAAGUUGCUCA